AUGCUGCUGAAAAGAAGUGCUGUGUUUGCGAGAUGCUACGGUAUCGUUAUCGCGCGCCGUGCCGCGUCGACGAAACUUGGAGCGGGCCAGAUGCCCAAAAUUCCAUCUCCAAAACACCUGAAGGGGUUCUUGGAUGAGUACAUUGUGGGGCAAGAGACCGGCAAGAAGGUUCUCAGCGUGGCUGUGUAUAACCACUAUCUGCGGGUUAAUGAUAAGAUCAAGAAGGACGAUUUGGAAAAGGAACGGCUGCUGCUGGAAUGUAAUGCACAAGCGGAAUUGGAAGCGCAGGAGAAGCACAACCUAGAUGAUGAACUGGUACCUCGCAAUGAGGCACAAGCUGGACUCAAGAAUCUCCAGAGGCAAUUGGAGGAGACGAGGGCCCUCUCGGAUGAGGCGGCCAAGAAUGCAGAUGACGAUUUGGAACUGAGUAAGAGUAAUGUCAUGGUGAUAGGCCCUUCAGGAUCGGGGAAGACCCUGCUGGCUACAACUUUAGCAAGAAUUUUAGAGGUACCUAUUGCCAUAACGGACUGUACUCAGCUGACUCAGGCAGGUUACAUUGGUGAGGAUGUGGAAGUCUGCAUCGAGCGGCUUUUGGUUGAUGCCGACUACGACGUUUCGAAGGCAGAAAGGGGGAUCAUCGUGUUGGAUGAGAUUGAUAAGCUAGCGAAACCGGCAGCCAGUAUCGGAACGAAAGAUGUAUCAGGUGAAGGUGUUCAACAAGCGCUUUUGAAGAUUAUAGAGGGACACAAAGUAGAGAUUGUAGUCGAGAGACCUGUCAAGAGUACGACGGACAACAAAAACAACCAGACCGUUCAAAAGAAGGAGGAAACAUUUGUUAUUGACACUUCUAACAUAUUGUUCAUGAUCAUGGGCGCCUUUGUUGGUUUGGAUAAGCACGUUGCCAGGCGGAUCGAAAGUUUGAAGAGCUUGUCUAAAGGUGGGCCCGAUGCAGUCGCGGACCCGCAGAAAACCAAGAAUGACAAAGAGUCACAAUUCAGCAACGCUAUUGAAAAUAUCGAGUUAUCAAAUGGGAAAAGCGUUUCAGCUCUGAACUUGGCAACGCCAACGGACUUGGUAUCCUUUGGGUUAAUCCCAGAAUUAAUAGGUAGAGUACCAGUUAUCACUGCAUUGGAGCCUCUACAAAGAACCGACUUGUUCCAUAUACUUCGGGAACCGAAGAAUGCUUUGCUGGACCAGUACGAAUACAUCUUUAAACAAUUUGGAGUGAGACUAUGCAUUACGGAGAGUGCUCUGCGGAAAGUUGCAUCAUUUGCACUGAAGGAGGGGACCGGCGCUAGAGGGUUAAGAGGUAUCAUGGAAAGAUUACUACUUAACGUCAACUAUGAAUGUCCCGAAUCCGGAAUUUCAUACGUUCUGGUGAAUGAAUCGACGGUUGACUCUUUGCAGCAAACUGAGUAUUCUUUGGCAUCGCAAGUUGAUGCCAAAUACUAUUCUCGUGGGCAAAGAGACGAUCUAAUUCGGGACGUUUAUUUGGAAGAUGCUGAGUUAGGAGCUGUUUUGGACGAGGAAUUUGGCAGAACACCUACUAUAAAAAAGAAUAAAUCCGCUUGA